AUGAUAGAAACACCCAGUUCUCCAAGUCAAUUGUCUGACUUUGACAUCAGUGAAUCCUUGGCCCCCUCGCGUGAGAACAAAGCCGCCGUGACCACUAAAGUCACGUUUGAUGGGCUCUUGAAAGAACCAUUGCUACUAAAAGAAGACCUUAAAGAUGGAUGCGGUGGACAACUGUGGCCUGCAGGGAUGGUUUUGGCCAAAUACCUCUUGUGCCGCCAUGCCACCGAUCUAUCUGAUAAAUCAAUUGUUGAACUUGGCGCAGGAGGUGGACUCGUCGGUCUUGCCAUAGCACGCGCGUGUCGUCUUGAGAAGCGGAUCUAUAUCACAGACCAAGAGCCUAUGUUCUCCCUAAUGGAAGCCAACAUUGAACUAAACAACCUCACCCCGAAUGCGACUGCUGCGAUACUAAACUGGGGAGAACCGAUCCCAAGCCAGGUGCCAUCAAAACCCGACGUUAUUCUCGCUGCCGACUGCGUCUACUUUGAACCAGCAUUCCCUCUCUUGAUCACUACGCUCCAAGACCUCCUUGGUCCCAACUCGGUGUGCUACUUCUGCUUCAAGCGCCGCAGACGAGCCGACCUGCGGUUCAUGAAGAUGGCCAAAAAGGCCUUUGAUAUGGAAGAGAUCCGGGAUGACCCAGGGGCAGAGAGUUACAACAGAGAGAACAUUUUCCUCUACACAAUACGGGCGAAAAGAUCUGGCCCCAAAAAACAAUAG